AUGCACCUGGACGCAGCAUCGUCCGAUUCCGAAGUCGAAGACAAGGCCCCUCUCAAAUCCGCCUUGAAGUCAAAAAAGGCAGUGCAGAUAGCCCCCGAACCGAAGCCGUUCCUAGAACCGCAGCCGGACGCCAAGGACAUCGAUAUCAGCCAGCUGCACCCGCUGUCCCCGGAGAUCAUUUCCCACCAGGCCACCAUCAAUAUCGGCACCAUCGGCCAUGUCGCUCACGGGAAGUCGACCGUGGUGAAGGCCAUAUCAGGAGUCCAGACCGUCCGCUUUAAGAACGAGCUGGUACGGAACAUUACGAUCAAGCUGGGUUAUGCCAACGCAAAGAUCUACAAAUGCGAUAACCCAGCAUGCCCUCGCCCGACUUGCUACAGGUCGUUCAAGUCCGAUAAAGAGGUCGAUCCGCCAUGCGAGCGGGAAGGUUGUGCCGGCACGUAUCGCCUUCACAGACAUGUCUCCUUCGUCGAUUGCCCCGGUCACGACAUUCUCAUGAGCACCAUGUUGUCCGGCGCCGCCGUCAUGGACGCCGCCCUCCUUCUGGUUGCCGGGAACGAAACCUGUCCCCAACCGCAAACCUCCGAGCAUUUGGCGGCCAUCGAAAUCAUGAAGUUGAACCAUAUCAUCAUCCUCCAAAACAAGGUCGAUCUGAUGAAAGAAGAGAACGCGCUCACGCACUACCAAUCGAUCCUCAAAUUCAUCCGCGGCACCGUCGCUGAUGGCUCCCCCAUCAUCCCCAUCUCCGCCCAGCUCAAGUUCAACAUCGACGCCGUCAACGAAGCCCUCUGCAACACGAUUCCCAUCCCCCCCCGCAACUUCACCGCCUCCCCGCACAUGAUUAUUAUCCGAUCCUUCGACGUCAACAAGCCCGGCGCCGAGAUCGAGGACCUCAAGGGCGGCGUCGCCGGUGGCUCCAUCCUCACCGGCGUGCUGAAGCUCGGCGACGAAAUCGAAAUCCGCCCCGGUAUCGUCAGCAAGGACGACCAGGGCCGCAUCCAGUGCAAGCCCAUCUACAGCCGCGUCGUCACCCUGUUCGCCGAGCACAACGACCUCAAGUUCGCCGUGCCUGGUGGCCUCAUCGGCGUCGGCACACGCGUCGACCCGACCCUCUGCCGCGCGGAUCGCCUCGUCGGGUUCGUCCUGGGGCUCAAGGGCCAUCUGCCCGCCAUCUACACGGAGCUGGAGGUCAAUUUCUUCCUGCUGCGCCGGCUGCUGGGCGUGCGCACCGCCGACGGCAAGCAGGAGAAGGUCGCGAAGCUGACCAAGAACGAGGUGUUGAUGGUCAACAUCGGCAGCACGGCCACGGGGGCCAAGGUGCAGGCCGUCAAGGCGGACGCGGCGCGGUUGGUGCUGACGAGCCCUGCGUGCACGGAGAUUGGGGAGAAGAUUGCGUUGAGUCGGCGGAUCGACAAGCAUUGGCGGUUGAUCGGAUGGGCGAACAUCGUGGCGGGCUCAACCCUCGAACCGAUAACUAACUGA